CUCAUUAUCUGGCAAGUGAAAAGGAGUUACCAUGGCUCAAGGCUGGCACCUAAAAAGAGCUGCUGCCAGAGAUGCCGAAAAAUCAAGCAAAAGGCAAGAGAUGCAGCAGCAUCAAGAGCUAGGGGAUGUUCCAGGAAAGAAGUUGAGAAGCCCGUAGAGCUGCUCUCUCUCAUGAAAAGCCAGAGCUGGCUUCCUCAGGAUGGCAGAGUGCGACAGCUCCUGUGUGCCGACCCCAGCUGCAACACCUGCAAUGCUGUGGCUCGGGACAUCAAGCGUCUGCUGGUGGGAGGGACCAGCCUGACCUCCUCAUCUUUACCGGGGCCACCUCAGGGCUCCCCUUGCAUACAUAGCAUGUCCAUGCCUAGUGGGUUGGUCCAGCAGAAUCCAGAACACCAAGCCCUCUGCUCCACACAGCUCUCUCUCCCACUGUCAACCCCUAUGGUGUCACAAUUCAGAGACCAGAAAUCCUUCACCCAGUCAGUGGUCCAAUCACCCACAGCAGUCAGCAUCCAGGAUUACUGGACUGAACACCUCCAGCUGACACAACAAAUUCAAGGGCCAAGGGAGCUCAGAGGUCCAGAGAGCAUGUGCUCCUUCAUGCUGGAAGAGCCUCGGGUUCCAGUGAGCCAGCAGGUGACAAUACAGACCAACUCCAACUUCAUCUAUGAGAACCAAGGGCAGCAGCCCAUGAAGGCCCCGCUCUCAGUGCUGACCGUCAACCAAGAGACCACCUCCGCCACUCUGACAGACCCUGUCCCCUUGCACAUGGUCCCUGUCCUCCCUGACCCACCACCAAUCCUAAGCCCUCAGGUCCAGAGGCUUCUAGAGGUGCAUGUGAAAAAAUGGGUGCAUUUCCAGAGGUGGGGGCUCCCCAGACGUGUGGAGGAGUCCAUGAGGCAGCACAUGCCCAACCCACCGUUGUUUCACCGGCCUGCAAAUAACCAAGCUGUUUCUCCCUUCCACAACAAUGGUCCUACCUUCUCUCUUGAAAAUCUGGGAGCUGUUUCUUACCAGACCUGGGGCUCCUGUAUGGCUGGCCAGCCCACCCAGGCCUUCUGGAUCUCUGAAUGGGCCAUCAUGACCGCAGACCAAGGACACCACUACCAGCAGGGCCCAUGCUAUAUGGCUUUGGCCUUGCCCUCUGCAGCCCUUAAGGACCUAUGUGGCCCUUGCAUACUGCCUGGGCAACAUGCCACUGAAACUGUUGGCCACUGGCAGCGUAAAUACAGACAGCUCUUCUGUGGACUCCCUUCCUUGCACAGCGAGUCCCUGGUUGCCAACUUCCUGGGCUCUCCUGCCCUCUCGCUAAAAGACGGCAUGUCCAAGCUUCCCUUGAAGGAUCCUUUCCUCUUCAGGGAGCUCUCCUUCCUUCCCUGCCCCCCUAAAACUCCACCCCAGUCAACCCCACCCUGCUCCCCAUCUCCCCCAAACCAGUUGACUCCUACUGACCAGCACCAAGCUCAGGCCAAUAUCCCAUUUCUGACUCUGGCUGAGUGUGAGGCCCUGGAGUGGCACGUGCUACAGAGGCAACUGCAGCUUCAGUGGGGCUUGCCAGCUGUUUGCCAGGGCUCUCAGCAUGCCCUGAGUCCCGCUCCAUUUAAGUUCUGUGACAAAGUCCGGUCUCCUGAGAUACUGACAGCUUCCUGGCCUGGGAAGCCCAUCUCAGGCCUCACCAGAGACUUCCUGUUGCCGGAGCAAGGCCGUAGGCUGCUACAUUUCCACCUCCAGAGGCAGUUGAUUCACAGCCGCUGGGGGCUACCCCAGAAGAUCCAACAGUCCCUCCAGCUGUUCCUGUCCACUGACAUUCGGCCUCUAGCCCGGACCAGCACAGCGCUACCCCUCGGGAGUGUCUCCCAAGCUACCCCGCUAGAGGCCAGUGGGACGGAUGGCCCAUCCCUGCCCAGCAGGGACCCAGUGCCCGUCCCUAUGCCACACUUGUUUGCCCAGGCCCAGGAAAUACUGCAGAGCCACAUCGACUCCAAAUGUGGACAGAUUCAGCGGGAAAAGUUCCCAGUUUGUGUAGGUGGCUCCUGGGAACACGGAAUUCCCGCGGACCAGACCUGCAGCCCGGACAGCAGCUCAGACCCACAGGCAGCAGGUGGCCCUGACCAGGCACAGAAAGACUCGGCUUUGGCGCCAAGGGCACUUGAACAGCAGCAACAGGCCUCACCGGAAGUGGUGGCUGAGCACCCUAAGGUGCCCCAAGCCCUGUCCAAAGGAGCCAUCGAGAAACUGGAGACCACGUUGCGACACAAGUAUCUGGCCUUCUUGUCGGGGCUGCCUGCUCUCUAUUAUGUGGCCCUCUCCGUGGCCAUGAGCCCCGCAAGCGCUCCCCAAGAUGAAACCGCGAACACGAAGCCCAACCCAGCCAAGACAGCCGCAAUCCCAACCACCCCUGCAGAGCCAGAAGCCAAGACCUGA